AUGGUGUCCCUUUUCGGGAUGAAGCUCGGAGGUGAGAAGAAGAAAGCUCGCUCCCGGUCCCGUGGCGCCAAAGAGGCUCCCCCGAAGGAUGAGGACCUGCCAGCGGUCCCACGGGGGAUAUUCUCGUCUGCCCGCCCGGGCUCGUCGCAAUCACAAAAGUUCUUCAGCAGGAAGAGCAAGUUCUUUCCCUACGGUGCUGGCGCUGACGGAGCCUUGAGUAUGGCGAACCUCCCACGGCCCAAGGCCGACGAUGAAAGCCCUCUUCCGAGCCCGGCUUUCCUGCGACCAACAACCUCGAAUCCCAACCUCAACACCUCUUGGAAGGGGGGCUCCACCACAAGCCUUGCAGCACCGACUCGGCCGAAGAUCCCUCCACCGCCACUUGACCUGCUCUCAGCGCCUCAGUCAACACCUGGCACUACCACUGGCACUGGCACCAAAACGCCCAAAAGCCCACUGGGCGCAUAUGAACUCACCCUGAACCUCCCUUCAGAACGUCUUUCUCUGUUCGGCGACUUCGACGAGAUGCUUAGACCCCCAGAGCCUUUGCGCAUCAAGAAGCAAAGCCCGACCACAAGCAAGUUCCCGGAUUCAACGCAGCAGAUGACCAAGCCGCCUUCGCCGCCUGUGUCCGUCCAAGCCUCCACAGCCGAUGAUGCUUCCAUACCAGAACGACCCUCCCGUGUUGGUCAGGAGAGCCUCGAGAGGUCGCUCCGGCGGGUAGACUCAAACCAGACCUACGGCAGCCGGAAGGAGCUCGAGAGCCCCAUUGAUCCGGCUGCAUCUGACGUCUUUGCCCUGCCAACGCCUCCUAUGUCAGUCGCUCGAAGCAGUGACGAGAGGCCCUCGACAGGUGCCAGCAACCAAUGGGGCGAGCCAGUGAUACAGAAUGUUAGGGGCAAGCGGGAUACCAUGAUCGUCAAGCCCACCCGGAGAAUGUCGUUCCAGAAAUAUGUAGAGGAUUUCAGCAAGGGCCUACUGCCUCUUUCAGAUGAGCCAGCGCCUGCGAUCCCAGCAAUGUCAAGCAAGCGAGCCGAAAGACCUGCACCGCUCAAUCUCAACAUCAGGAACGACGUUGCCAUCCAAGCAGCGCCACGGAGUGCGCCAUUGGGACUUAGCCAGCGUCCCCUGCUUGCGCAGAUCGACAACAAUCCGCGGCCGCCAGCUGCAGCUGCAGCUCCUCCACUGUCCGCAGGAAUCCCGUACAGUCGACCCGCGCAUCCGUACACUAGCAAGGUGUACAGACCCUCGGCUGAUGAAUACGGAUGCUUCCCCGAGGAUGGCCAGGACGACCUAGAGGAGGAUCGGCCCCCGACACCUGACAGCCCCUUACUACCACUUUCUGGUCCCCUAGCUUCUCCCCUUAUCAGACCCGAUGUCGAAGAGGAGUCUGAAGAUCCUCUCGAGCGGAUGCGGAACUUCCGGUUCCCAGCGGUCAAGCCUGACGAGAACACUCUCACCCCAAGAUAUCGACCGCCGUCCUCUAUACGAGAGAGCUUCCACACUGCAGAUUGGCCACUGCCAUCACCCGUACAUCCCCCAAAGGAAGUGGUCCCAGUCUCUCCUCGCCUGCCUGAUGCACAGCCAGAUGCUCAAGUGCGCUCGUUCAGCCGUCCUUGGACACCCAAAAAGGACACCACCCCCUUAUCGUUGCAUGACUCGCCUGAGUCUUUUCACAGCUCUGUGACACGUCCGCAUAUAGCAUCACAGGUGGCUAAAAGCGGACAGAACCCACAACCGCAGAGCCCAGUGGCGAAUGGUUUUGACAGCAAAGGAGGUUUCUUUUGA